GCGUCGCUCUUUUUUAUGAUUGAAUUCGGCUCGGUUGCCGAAGGUAACCGAAGGUGACUUCGGCUUCACAUCAGCUAUUCGCAUAGAAAAUGGAGUUUGAGCGUAGCGAGCGAAGCAGCUAUUUUCUACCGUCAAUGGGCGCAGAGCAGUAGGAGUUCUAAGUCGGGUGUGCUUUCCUCUAUUCUUUUUGUCUAUUAUCGAUCAGCUAAACAUUUUCAUAUUUGAUUCUGGAAGACAUUGCGACUGAAAUCAAUUAAUAAUAAUUAAAGAAGUAUUGAAAGAACAAUGUCUACUACUACUCAAGAAGAUUGUUCUGCGAAGGUCAACCAAAGUAAUAAGAAAGAUAAUGAAAAGUCUCGAAAAGUCUUCAGUUCUUCCCAUAAGAAGCACAAGCAUGAAGAUAGUCGUCAUUUUAAGUUUGGAAGGAAGCGGUUGCAAAGUUUUACCAAUAACACCAAAUUUUUUCCACCAUAUAAACGUAGGAAGAAGGAAGGUGUUAUCAUACCGCCAACCAAAUUUCUCUUAGGCGGUAAUAUAUGUGAUCCGUUAAAUUUAAAUAGUAUGCAAGAUGAAGAAGUGAACAGAGCUAUGAAUGCGGUUACUCCAAAAUCAAGUCCCUUACCAACGCCUAAGCACAAAAAAGAAGUAAUCGAAGUUUUAAUUCCACCAAAUAUUUGUGAUCCUCUUAAUUUAAACAAUUGUAAUGAUAAUGAGGAAUAUGAAAAACAACUUAUUUCUCCAACAAAAAAAGGCUCUAAACGGCGUAAUAAAAAGCGAAAACGUGCAUCUUCUAAUUCUGGGAAAGAUGAUACAAAAGAAGUACAGGAAACGGAAAUAAAAGACACAGAGAUUAUAAAUUCUGUUGAAUCGAAUGGUAGCAAUGUUUCAGAAAGAAUUAUUUCAUUGCCUGAAGAUAUCGUUUCUGAUGCUCCUUUAGAAAGUCAAGUUAAAGACUGUAAAUUGGAAAGUCCUCAAAAAGAUAAAGGUAAAUUACGUUUAAAAGGAUUGGAAGAUUCUAAAGAUAAACGAUUAAGGAAGCUGGACGUGAAAGAUAAAAUUGUAAGUCCUGUUAUUCCUCAACCUGGUGCAUGGAAGCCUCGACCACAACAUCGUCCUAGCCAAGAUAAAAAGAAAAAACAACAAUCAUUACCAAAUUUUAAAGAAAAGGAUGCCCGUUACCAGUAUGGUAAUUACAAUAAAUAUUAUGGAUAUCGUAAUCCACAUCAUGUUGUGGAUACAAGACUGACUGUAUUUGUUCAACGUAAACAUCUAUUUUUUGGAAAAGAUGUUCUUGAUAUAGGCUGUAAUAUUGGACAUAUAACUUUAUCAAUUGCAAGAGAUUUAUUAGCACGAAAUGUGACAGGUAUCGAUAUUGACAGAAUGCUUAUUAAAAUUGCACGUAAGAAUGUUAAACAUUAUGUGAACUGCGUCCAGUCACCUGCAAGCAAUGAGGACAAUGGAGAAGGGCAAAGAGAUUCAGAUGCAAACUUUUUUCCUAUGUCUAUGCCAAUUAAUUAUGGACCUAUUGACAUUCCUGGUUUUACUAAAAAUAAAAACCAUAGAGGUUUUCCUUAUAAUGUUAAUUUUGUACAAGGAAAUUAUGUAUUAGAAGAUGAUGCCCUUUUAUGUUUGGAACAACCUCAGUUUGAUACAAUUUUGUGUUUAUCUAUUACUAAAUGGAUACAUUUAAAUUAUGGAGAUGCUGGACUAAAGCGAGCUUUCAAACGUAUGUAUGCCCAAUUACGUCCAGGGGGUGUAUUGAUAUUGGAACCACAAGGAUGGGCUAGUUAUGGUAGGAAAAAGAAUCUCACGGAACGAAUAUAUAAAAAUUAUCAGAGCAUCGAAUUCUUUCCUAACAACUUCACACAGUAUUUACUUUCUCCCGAAGUAGGCUUUAGUAAAUGCGAAGUUGUAUCUAUUCCCCCUCACCCAUCAAAAGGAUUCCAAAGACCUAUUCAAUUAUUCACCAAAGUUGCCUCUACUAUAGAAAUCACGGAGAAUUUGGAAACUGUAAAUACUUCAAUGUCGAAUCAGUCUUCUGAAAAUACUCAAGUACGAAAUGAAAGAAGAGAUCAACAACAAAAAGAUUUAGAACGCAGACAAUAUGAACGAGAGCUUUUUCCAAAAGAUAAAGAAGGCAAUAUGUCAGAAAUUAGUCAACAAAGUGGGGAAUCAAUAAAUCAAUACGAUCAAUUAGAAAAUGUUUAUGCGCCUAGUGCUACACCGUGUUAUGAUACACCUGGUCAUAAUAAUGACAGCAGUCAAUCUAUGGAAGUGUCAAAAAUGUGUUAUGUCGAUGUAAGUAUUGAACAUCAUAAAAUCGACGUUGAGAUACAAGAUGUUAAUAACAAACAGACAAAAGAAUCUAUAUCUCAAACAUCAUCAUCCCUUAAUAAACCUAAUGUUGAGCCUACUGUAAAAGAAAUUCAAAAAGUUGUAGAAUGUUCAGAUAACAAAGAUGACCCGAUGAUUAAUAAAAAAGUUGGAAUGAAACGAUCGGCUGAUGAUAAAACAAUCGAUGAAGAUAGUAAGAAUCUAAAAAAGAUACGUAGAACUGAUGAAAAUAUAAACACGACAUGCAAAAAACAGGUUAAUUCAAUACAAAGUAAAGAUAUUAUCAAAGACAAGAAUACUAUUGAGAAAAUUAAUUUUAGGAGUUCAGAGAAAAUUAAUGAAGAAUGCAGGCAGUCCGUACAAUCUUCCGAAAAGUCAUUCCAAGAUUUGGAUGGUGUUCAACUCUUGAGCAAUAUAUCGAACAAUGAAGGAUCCUCAGAAAUAUCAUUAUCAAGUAAAUCGGAAUUUCAUCAAGAUGAAAGUGAUGUUACAAGUAAAGGUGUUAAUGAUAAAUCAGCAAAUGAUAAUCAACAGGUACGGACAAGUCCGUAAACUUGUUCACAAGAAAUAAUUGUAUGAAUGUUAGUCGAACAUGAAGAUAUGAAUCAUUAUUAAUUUUAGUUGAUUAAAUUAAUGUACAAAGUGAGUGAUCUUUCUCCAGGCAAAUAAUAGUUCGUAGAUUAUUCAUGCACUCUUGAUCAGUUAUCUUUCCUAGAUUAUUUUUUGUUUUUAUUUUCUUUUCUUCCACUUUUUUUUGUAGAUAAAUCAGUAAUAACUGAAAUAUCUUUUAACAGUUUUGAAGUUUAAUCAUCGUUCUACGAAGCAUUCUCUAGUUGUUGUACGUUAGACGAUUCACGCAUUAUUAAAUCGUGAAAUAAUUUGUCAAAUGUUAAGCUAUUAAAUGAAAAAUUUCUUUAUACAAAUUAAAAAACUUUUUUCUUUAAA